UGACAGCAACCAUUCUUCAAUAGUUCAAUCCUUCACGAAGUUAUCGGCUAGACACCCGAUAUUUUUUGUUUAGUUUUCCUAUCUACCUCGAAUGUUCUAGCGAUUAAAUUUUGUUAGCAGCCGCGUUUCUGAACGAACCUCAAGGAAUUUCAAAGCUCAAUCUACUUAGGUGUGAGAUAGUUUGUGAAAAUAGGUACCGCCAGCAGUACCACCAAUAUGGCCGUGACAAACGUAUCCAGUGUUGAUCAAUAUAACAAGCUGGUCGGAUCGGCAGCUGUGACGGUGGCUUUAUUUUCGGCCGAGUGGGCGGAGCAGUGCAAGCAGAUUCUCUCGGUCAUGUCGGAGCUGGCAAAACAGUCCGCUUUCGGGGCAGUUCAGUUUUUGGAUGUCCCCGCGGAAGAUUUAUCCGAAGUAUCUCUGAAACAUCAGAUCGAUGCUGUUCCCACAGUGAUUUUCUUUCGAGCCGGUACCGCAGUGGAUCGAAUUGACGGAGUUGACAUUGCUGCCCUAACAGCCAAGUGUCGAAAAUUUGCUGGUGCUGCUGACUCCGAAGCUACGGGAAAGAGCUUAGACGAUCGGUUGAAAGAACUGAUAAACAGGGAGAACGUAAUGAUUUUCAUGAAGGGUGACCGUAAUGUUCCCCGUUGCGGAUUCUCCAAGCAGCUGAUAGCGAUCAUCAACGAAACAGGAGUUACGUAUGGCACGUUCGACAUUCUAACUGACGAAGAGGUGCGACAGGGACUGAAAACGUACUCCGAUUGGCCAACGUAUCCGCAGGUUUACGUAAAGGGAGAAUUAAUUGGCGGUUUGGACAUCAUAAAGGAACUGCUAGCUGCCGGCGAGCUAAGUGCGACACUGAAUGCCUAAGUAGCACAAAUGUCAAUGAUGCUAAUAUUAAUUGCCUUUGUUCCCCAUUCGAGUGAUAUGCUUUCUGCAUCCUUUUGAUUGUUCCUUUAUGCUAGAGGGAUGAAUAAUAAACGUGUAAAAUAGAG